AUGGUUGCCCGGGACAAAUACGCUGAGGUGGUAUUGGAAUUGAAGUAUGAUAAGGAGAAUAUGGAGGAUGAGUCUAUGAGCCUUACGCCGGUCUUGGUUAACGGAACAAGUGGGAUGGCGAGUGAGAGGACAUCGAUCAAGAGAAGUCUAGAUCUGUCUGCAAGAAACAACGAGGAGUCCAGCACAGACCUGGUUGAGCUUGGGAACUUGCACACACCAGGAGAGGACCUUCAGGAACAAGCCAUGCAAGGAGAGAAGUCAGGCGAAGGGAAUGAAGAUGGAAAGGACCACAUCACACUCUUGCCUUUCGAGGUCAUGAGUAAGGCAUUCGCUCAGCUCUCUCGCGAGGAACGCUUGACAACCACUUCGCUCGUGUGCAAAAAGUUCAUGGACGUCAAUCGCUCAUACAUCUACAAAUUCAUCCACAUCAAUUUGGGAAACCAACGAGAAGGGGGGGAAGACAACCCAGGUUUGGAAGAGUUCGGAGCAUGGUUCGCUACCCUACUCAAGCAUGACCAACUGCGCGGUCGCGUCGUCUCGUUAGCCUUCAAGGUUCAUCACCACGACCUGUACCUCCAAGUCCAAGGACAUCUGGAAAACUUGGUGAAACAUCUUAAAUCUUUGAGAGAAUUGUCGCUCAACCCUCCACCGUCGCGCUACGACUUUCCAACCAAUCCAAUGACAACUUUUCUGCGACUGGAUUUCUACUACGACAGGACCACCUUCUGGCAAGGCUUCCCUACCCUGCCGCCGCUCGAGCUGACGCAGUUCUUCUACAUCGACCACAUCCGCAAGCUCCAGAUCGAGCACAUUUCCUUGGCGCCAGAGCUGCAUCGCGGCCCUUUCUCCAUCCGCCGAGACAACACAUCACUCAUAGAUGAUCUGCGCUUCAUCGACUGCUCUCCCCAAACCGUGGGAAAAUUGCCCGAUCUCCUACUCUUGCCUCAAUCGCUCAAAUGUUUCGUCCUGGAGACAAAGUGUCCGUGGUCCGUGGCACAGACCCCCCGUGCACGACCGCAUACCAUGGACGCACAGCAGCUUUACCAAGCGUUAGAGCCUCACCAUCGUACUCUUGAGACGCUCGUCAUCGCGUUCAGCGACGGCGCAGGGUUCCUAGGGAAGCCGACGUUGUCCCUUGCGGGCUGGUCGAGUCUGACAACACUCGCUCUCCCGGAGGCAUUCCUCGUCUGCGGGCGUGCGAAGAGGCCUUUGCAUGCCGUGCUGCCUUCCCGACUGGUCGAAUUGCAGAUCCAAUUCCCUCUGCUUAAGCCAUCUAUGAUCCUGCGUCUGGAACAGCUCGCGGAGAACAAGAAGGAUUGCAUGCCCGAGCUCAACCGCGUCGUCGUGUGGCAUCAGGGCCGGGACCAAGAGAACGCGGCCGAGGGUGGCGAUCUGGGGGAUUUGGAAAUGCUCCAGGGUCUGUUCGGGUCUGUCGGCACCGAGUUCGAAUGGUGCUUCGAGUCGGCGUUUGCGGGGACUCCACUGGGGAAGGUGUUGGGGGUCGAGAGCACGGGGGGUCGAGGCCAGAAUGUCCAUGCUCACGUGCUAGAUGCUGAAGGCGCUUCGGGGGUGGGGCUCUAUUACGACGAGGAUACGCAUUCUGUCUUUUGA